AUCAACGAAAGAACAGUAUAUUCGGGACCUGGAGGCGCAAAUAAAAGAAACGAGGGAGAGGAGGAUGAUGGAAAAGGAAGAGGAGGCAAAGUUGGACAAGAAGUACAUGGAACAAUGUUACGAGCCGUGGGGGAAGGCAUACGCCCACCUCAGAGAUCAAGGUCGGAAACCCCGUUUCAUCGGAGAGCUGGUGCAUCCAGUGGAGACUUCGAGCUCCAUCAUCCCGACCAAGGCGCGCUCGGAGUCGUCCCUGGUGCCCAGGCUAUGUCUUGAAAUGGCCCUCCCCCCACAGCUUAGGAGGCAUUUCUUUCCCGCAGACUUCGACCCGAGAAUCCCCGGUGGACGGAGGGCCAGGCCGACAAACCUCACCGUUGAGAGUUACCGAGAAGACCUACGAAAACAGCAGAUCGAAGAGAAGAAAAAAAGGCUGGAAGAGCAACGACAGAGAGAAAAGUCGGAGGAAGAUAAACUAUUGAGAAGAAUCGAAGAACAGAGACAGAAAAUGUACAGUGAAUACCAGGAGGAGCAACGCAGGAGGCACAAGAAAGACACCGAGGUUCGCCCAAAGCAAGAGAGACUCACCAAGACGCAACGCGAGAAAAGCAGAGAGAUGCCGCACAGGGCGAAAACACGGGCGGAGACCAAAGAAAAACGGAAACCCACCCGACACAGACUUAAAACAUCGUCCGACGAGAAUAGCUGGACAGAGAAAUCAGCGGAGGCGGAUCAACAGCAGACAGAAGUAAAGCGCUACCAUCCACCGGAAAUGACGCAGCGGAAACGCAGUGAAUCACGUGACCGUCUAGUAAACAACGUGGAAAUACUGCGACGACAGCUAGCCACUGAACAGCAGAUCAGUCGAGUUCAGCAGUUACAGAAAAACUACACCGUGACUGACAUGAAGCGAAGAGCGGAUCCUGACGACUGGUAUUUUCCACAUUGACGGCGGACACUUUAUUCAAAAAGGAAAAAGGGAGUCGUCAGCGAAUGAAGCCAACUACACACGAUGAUGUUCACUGCCCGUUGCCGUUGUUUCUUAUGUUUCGCUAGAAGGUUUCGAAGAGAGCACCUCUGAGUAUGGCGGUGCCGUAGCUGCGUCCUGUAAAGUUCGCUUCCUCUUACAUAGAGGUGCAAGAAAGGAAGCCGGACUUACAGGCGGAGCAGAAACUGCGUCAUUCACUCUCAGAACAUAACUUCACCGCAUAGCACGUUGUGCGCCAACCACUGCCACGAACGAUAGGGUUAUCGCUCCUGAUUUGAAGAGUGAGAGGGGCGUACGCCUUUUUGUAGCAAUUAUCGUAUAUCCAAAUUGCCACAAAAAGGCGUACGCCCCCCUCGCUCAUCCAAUCAGAAGCGGUAACCCUGUCAUUCGUGGCAAUGGUUGGCGGACAACGUGCUAUGCCGUGAAGUUCUGUUCUGAGGACCUUGACUUAGCGACGAGGGGGGUGACAGAGGAAGUAACUGCAUCUUUCAUUCCACGAGAAGAAUUUUUGCACGUUACUGCCCCUUUAACUGAACUCAACAACACAAUCGUACAAACACAACAACAAUGCCGCCGUCGUCCGUUCCGUUUGAACCUCACUCAGGCGUGCCCUUCAGUGGACGGAACCGCAAGGGAACGCACUGGGGUAUAGUGCCAUUGGAUAAUAGAAGAGAAUGGUCCUUGAAGCACACUAGGCUCUAGGGACGGGCCAAGCAUACGGAGAAUAAGUCACUCAUUACCACCCACAGCUAUUUCAUACUGGCAUAUUAUAUUAUAUACAGUGUAGGAGUACGAUGAAAAAAGAGAAAAAAUGCAAAUCUAUGUCAUACAGAAAAGGAAGAGAAUUGCACAAUACGAAACAAAAGCAGGAGGGCAGAGCACUGUUAUUUUAAUGAGUGUGUCACGUAUGAAUAUUAAUGACCCACCAUGUAGCGGUACAUAGAUCCCAAGGUUAGAAUUUAAGCUGCCUAUACACCGUUUUCCCGUGGACGUUGCCAUAUUUGAACCGCAGAGCUGUCUAGCUGGGGAAGCACGUCGAAGGCUGUUUACCGCACAUGCCAGAGAGAAGGAAAACACACGGGAUGUACGCUUCCUCCGUGGAAUCGCUUUCCUCCUUGCUGGAAUGCGCUGGGUGUGAAAGCGCUGUGGCGCGAGGCUGGCUGGAAAAUGGUGUAUACUUUGUGUAAAUGAAGAUGAGACAUUACAGCGACACAUCUUUUUUGUUGCAUAUGUAGCAUUUACACCUUUGGUAACGCAUUAAGAGUGAGAAUGAGGUGAUGAGCGUUAGUUUGUGACGACGAUAUUCAGUAAUAUAACGCGAUUUAUUUCCCAUGCCCUUCAUGAUGUCAAUGCGCUAGAUUCACUUACAUUCCCAGCUAGAUGGGCUACAAGUCACUUCGACCUGUUAAAUAUUUUCAGUUUUCAACUCAGUCAUAGUGUGUCAUGCUGGCUUCCGACAUCGAGCCAUAGAAAAAAGGAAAACGGCUAAAUACACCACCUCAGCACACGUUACGAAAUAAAAGAGGAGAAAGAAACACUAACACGUCGGUCUGUAUUCAAUAAAUAUGUACAACAGAUGAUCCUGUCCUGCA